AUGUUUUGGGAUGAGAAAGAAGAGGGAUGCGGGAUCCCAAAAUUGAGUGAGCGGAGUCACACCCGUGAGCAACUUCUCUUCUUUGCAACUCCUGUGGCGAAGAAGCUGUUCAAUGCAAAGGUGAAGCCAUACAUUUCGGACUUCAAGCUGGCUUUCGAUCAUUUCUGCAUACAUGCCGGAGGAAGGGCUGUGAUUGAUGAACUGGAGAAGAACCUACAGCUGAUGCCGGUACAUGUUGAGGCUUCUCGGAUGUCCCUCCACCAUUUCGGCAAUACAUCGUCAAGCUCCAUUUGGUAUGAGUUGGCCUACACAGAGGCCAAGGGGAGGAUGCGCAAGGGCCACCGUGUGUGGCAGAUUGCAUUCGGAAGUGGUUUCAAGUGUAACAGUGCUGUCUGGGAAGCUCUUCGGCAUGUAAAGCCUUCUCCCAAGGAUCCCUGGGAAGAUUGCAUUGAUAGGUACCCUGUGCAGACAGUUUCUUAA